AUGCCUAUAAAUUCGCAAUAUCUUCCGUCUAUCUCUCCCAUCUUAUCACCAGCCACAAAUUCAUUGGACCUCCAUAUCUCCUCCUACCAACGCAACAUCUCCCUUCCAUUCCUGCCUCCUAUCCCAACAACAAAAACAAAAACAAACAACCACUUAUCACAGAAAAAAAAACCCCCCAUGAAUCUCCUCUUCCUCACCACUACAACCCUCCUCACCCUCACCACCCGCACCCUCUGCUCCCUCCAACACCCCACCAACCUCCCCCCAUGCACCGUUUCCAACCUAGGCCAGACCCUCUGCCGCACCACACCCAGCGACAGCUACAUCUUCCAGUGCAACGCCGCGACCCUCCACUGGCACGUCAUGCGGACAUGCACGUCGGCCAACGCGCCCUGCUCCAACACGACCUGCACGCCUCUCACAGACGCCUGCGUAGAAUCCUCCACGCAAUGCGCGACACUGCUCUCGCACGGCUACAACGGCAUCGCCGUGUGCCGCGCGGGCAAGUGGGAGAUGGCUGAUUCGUGUGCGUGUACGACGGAGGGGGCGGGGGGUGCCGCGAGGUGCGUGGCGCAGAGUCAUGGCAGUAGUACUACUAGCGAUAAUGUGGGAGUCAGGACGAGGCCCAGGCCGAGGCCGUGCAAAGCGGGCCAGUUUGCUUGUUUGGCGCAGAAGAGUAAUGGCAAGGAUGGGGCGGUGUUUGAGUGUAAUUACUUGGGUAUGUGGAGGGUUGUGCAGGAUUGCUCGGAGUGGGAGACGUGUGUUGAGGAGCCUUCGCCGCAUUGUCGGUGGGUGGGUUGA